AUGGCCUGCCUGUCACUGGCCUACCUGCCACUGGCCUGCCUGUCACUGGCCUGUCUGCCACUGGCCUGCCUGCCGCUGGCCUGCCUGGCACUAGCCUGCCUGGCGCUGGCCUGCCUGGCACUGGCCUGCCUGCCAAUGGCCUGCCUGGCACUGGCCUGCCUGGCACUGGCCUGCCUGUCACUGGCCUGCCUGCCGCUGGCCUGUCUGCCGCUGGCCUGCCUGGCGCUGGCCUGCCUGGCGCUGGCCUGCCUGGCGCUGGCCUGCCUGCCGCUGGCCUGCCUGGCGCUGGCCUGCCUGGCGCUGGCCUGCCUGUCGCUGGCCUGCCUGCCGCUGGCCUGCCUGGCACUGGCCUGCCUGCCGCUGGCCUGCCUGGUACUGGCCUGCCUGGCACUGGCCUGCCUGGCACUGGCCAGGCCAAAUAUCUUCAAUAUGACCCUGUUUCUCCCCUAA